ACAACGAUUCAUUGUUCCUUUUAACAUUUCGUUUAUUUAGUUAGCUAUUACUUCAUUAGUUCUUUAACUUUUUCAAAGUUAUAAUUAAAAUUAAUUAAUCUUCAUUUCUUCAUUUAAUAAUUUGUAUUUCAACUUCACAAUUAUAGUUUUAAAAUGUCAAGACCGACUCGACAAUUAUCGCUCCAGCCACGUCCGACCCAACGAACGCAAAUUCGACGACAGAAAUCGGCAGAUGGAACCGGAACAGGAGCGACCAUUUACGACACUAAUCAGCGCGGGAAGAAACCGUGGCCUGCUGAGAGGCCCAAAGUAAGGAUCGCGUGGUCAUCUUCAGGACUGGAUGAAUCCAAAGUAGAGGUUGUCGCGUCGCGAAUCGGGACAUCAGCGAAAACUCGCGGGCUGUCCAACUCCUCGCUGAUGAAUUCUGACAAGGCGACUAUUCUGUACUCGCGCCAGGAGCUGGCUGAAAGAUUGCGUCUUGCGUGGAAGCAGAGAGAGGCCAACAAGUCGAACAUAGACAUUUUCCUGGCCCACGAAACGAUUGAUGAGUCCUCGCGCUGUGACUCGAGAUUGUCAACGAUAAGCUGCGAUAUUCUGAAAACUGACCAGGAUAUCUUCACUCUUGGGAUCUCUCCUGAUUCCUCGGUCGACUGCGACGAGCCUGAAGGUGUUGAUGGCAGCAAGGAGAAGCUGCUGGACGCCAGAGCUAAAAGAGCUUCUUUCCAAUCCGGGACAAAUGUCGCUUUUAUGGGACCAAUCAAUAAACUCAUCAAGGAAGGAUCAUCAGACAAAGUUUUGGAGAAAAAGGAACGCGCUGUCACGCCAGAUUGUAAGGUUAAUAAAAGAACGAACUCUGCACCUCCCUCAUCUCAAAGACGAGGAUCUCCGAUUACUCUGGGACACUUGGGUGCAGCUCGUUCAAAAGUUAACAUUGUGAUAGACACUCCGAAGAUUUCACGCCCCAAAGAUGCAGCUAGAAUUGACAGAAAAGACGCUGGACAAAAAGCCCCAAGCCCUUAUGAAGAGUCCAAAAGUGUCUCGCUCAAUUCCAGCUCUGGGGAGAAAAUCCAGGGAAAAUUCAUCACUAAAAAGAGGGUCAGAACUGGAAAACGGAGAGUUGAAGAGUCUGGGGCAAAGAAAAGCGAAUGCAAGCAAAAUCCUGAUGUGAUUACUAUGGUGUCGUUGGUCAGUGACGCUGACAGCGACUCUGAAGUUGAGAAGAACUCUCCAAGGGAUGACAAACUGGUGAGACAGCUUCGCAGCAAUUUACCUACCACGCCAAUAAUCAAGAGCUGCUCAUCUUUGAUGAUCAACACUGAGAGUCUGAGCGUUUUUUCUGGUGAUAAUUGUCUGCUGCCUCCCAGAAGACCUCUGAAAUCAGUUUCUUUUCAGCAAGACUCGAUCGACGGGGAGCUGAUUCGUCCGAGAAGUGAAGAUAAGAAGACGACUUUUCACAACGAAAGUCUUUCUCGGGUGAGCGUUAACCAGCCAGAGCUCGGUGCGACUCGUACUUCGCCACUCGAUGAAAUGAAGCGUCCGUGGCUUGAAAUAGCUUCUUCUGAGCUGGCGACAUCUACCGUCUUCUGGAAGUCCUCCGAAGAAGAUUGUCCUCUGACGGACAGAGAGAAGAGAUGUUUAGUGGUCCCCAUCGGCGACCCACAGGACAAAAAAAGGAAGCUGCUGUUGCAACGCACCAAAAGUGUGCCAUGUCGAACGAACGAUGAAAACCAAUUGGCAAUGCAAAUCGAGGCUAAGGAGCCCGCGGUUACUACUGAUAAACAAACAGAGUUGUCUUCCAUUCAGCGAACUGAUACCGCCGUUUUUCCUCAGACUAUUUCUAAAAUUAUACAGAGGAGUAGCUUCGACGAGAGAACUAUUGACAUAAGAAUGGAGAAUGAAAGUCAGGCAGAGCCCGUCUUAGGGACUACCAAAGAAAAGGAAUGCUGGCAUCUUUAUAGAAGGAUGUGCGAUAAAGGAGUCUGUGUUUCAUUUGAUACCGUUCUAAGGGGAAUGCUUACACCAACGGAAUACAGAUUGAGAAGAAGAGAAAUCACAUAGCAAGAGGAGAAGGAAGUUCGACAAACUUCCUCAGAUGAUAGUUCUAAUAAACGUUUACAAAAAUGAAAUAUUUGUAGGCAUAAAUAAAUAAAUUUAAUU